AGAUAUGUGCGCUAAGGUAGCUGAGAAUAUGCGUUUCGAUUGUUAUCCGCAAGGGAAGUUAAUGAGGAGAAUUGUGCUAGGCGGGGAUGUUGUUGGAAAUCCACGGAUACCAUAGGCGUUCCAUACUGUUACUACCCGUCACAAUACGACACGUUUCGUUUCCUAAACAUGACCGAGGACAAGCACGCCAUGACAGUGUACUACGAGAAGGCUCGCCCGUCCGGAUAUCCGGAUGAUUUCGAAACUGUGCGGAUGGAUUUCAAAUAUCUGUCGGAUGAUGUUUUGGGUGUUAAGAUUUACGACCCAGAGAACAAAAGAUUCGAACCGCCAUACCCGGAGAUAAGUUUAGUUUCUAAACCACUAGGAACUAUGAAAUACAGGGUGCAGAUAGAAGGAUCGCUUGUUGGCUUCAAAGUCAUUAGGAAUUCCGAUAAUGUUACCAUUUUCAACACACAAGACGUGGGAGGUCUGAUAUUGUCAAACAAAAUGCUGCAGAUAUCGGCCGUUCUGCCCACAAACCGCGUGUUCGGCUUGGGCGAGAAACGAGCAAGGUUCAUGAACAAUAUGAAUUGGAACACUAUCGCUAUAUUUAAUAGAGACCGAGUGCCUAGGGAGGGGAUGAAUCUGUACGGCUCGCAUCCAUUUUACUUGGCAGUGGAACAGAACGGCAACAGUCACGGUGCACUUCUACUUAACUCUAACGCUAUGGGUAAUGGUCCUUUUGUAUAUACUCAUUUCUGGAUUGCAUGGUGUAGUAUUUUUUAAAUUAUCAUUACUUGUUAAGGUUGGAGAAGCUAGG